CUGGGUGAAUGUAUUAAGUAAGGUCUUGAAUGAACGAAGGCUUGUGCUUCUAACUCUAAUUCUAAAGCUGAGUUCGAACUACCAACUUCUUUGGGCUGGGAUUCAAAACUGGAUUGAAUCGGGAUCACUCCGAGUGCUUAUGUUUGUGUGAGUGUGUGCAUUCGUUAAGGUUGUCAUGCCUGGUGCCCUUAAUGUACGUUGUAUAUGAUCGAAUGAGGGUGAAUUUCCGUCCGCUUCUCGCUAUCGCUCGACAAUUGAAUCACUUGUGAUCACUGAUCAGAUUGAGUGACAUUAGGACAUCCAUCAUGUGUUUCAACGUGGGCGUGGUGACCUGUGGUCCCAAUGAGGCUGUCAUCAUCUCGGGCGUGUUUCAUGGGGGCAACCCAUCCAUGAUUGUGGGAGGCCGUGCCAUCGUGAUUCCGUGCUUACAGAAAGUCCAGCGCAUUCCCCUCAACAUCAUGACCCUAAAAAUUGAAUCCCCGCGAGUGUACACUAGUCAAGGGGUGGCCAUCUCGGUCACGGGGGUGGCUCAGGUACAAAUUAACGGAACGAAUGAAAAAAUGUUGAAAACUGCAGCGGAAAUCUUCGGCUCCAAAACCGCCGAGGAGAUUCUCUUCGUGUCCAAAGAGACCUUAGAAGGUCAUCAGCGAGCCAUCAUGGGAAACAUGACCGUGGAAGAGAUCUAUCGAGAUCGAAAGACGUUUUCUGAACGAGUCUUUGCCGUGGCAUCCACAGAUUUCAUUCAAAUGGGCAUCAAGAUCGUGUCUUACACUAUCAAAGAUAUCACAGAUGAAGAGGGCUAUCUCUGGGCCUUGGGACAAGGACGAACGGCAGAAGUUCGACGUGAUGCCCGCAUAGGUGAGGCCGAAGCUCAAAAGGAAGCCACCAUGGCCGGAGCCAUGGCCAAAGAACAGAGUGUCCAAGCUAGAUUGUUGAAUGAUACGGAGAUUGCUCGGGCCAAGCGAGAUUAUGAACUCAAAAAAGCCACAUAUGAUGUUGAGGUGAACACUGCCGAAGCAGAGGCACAAUUGGCUUUUCAACUCCGGGCGGCCACAAUUAAUCAGCAAAUCAAAGAGCAAGACUUUCAAGUCAAAGUGGUCGAGAGGAUACAAGAGAUCGAGGUUGCUGAGCAAGAGAUUCAACGACAAGCCAAUGCCUUAGAUUCGCUUGUUAAGAAACCUGCCGAGGCCGAAAAAUAUCGACUGGAGAAAAUUGCCCAGGCCAAUCGACUCGUACGUGUUUUGGAGGCUGAAGCCGAGGCUGAAGCGGAAACCCUACGAGGAGAAGCCAAAGCAUUUGCAAUCGAAGCCCGAGCUAAAGCUGAAGCCGAAGAGAUGGCUAAGAAGGCAGAUGCUUGGAACGAAUAUGGGGAAGUGGCGAAAGUGCAUAUGAUUCUGGAGACCUUGCCCGUGAUUGCUCGUGACGUGGCCAAACCCUUAAGCAAGGUCAACAAGAUAACUAUGGUGACGGAUGGGCCAGGGGAAAUUGGUGCGUCCAAGAUAACGGGAGAAGUCCUCCAAAUUAUGCAGAAAAUGCCGGAAUUAGUGAAAGAUAUGACUGGGGUGGAUAUUACGAAACAAAUGGUGCCUGCUUAGGGAACACAUAUUUUUCCUCUAAUUCGUGUCAACGAGUGCCUUACACGUUUUUAUCUCAAAUAUGGUAAUCAAAAUACGAUCUUUUACAAUAUAUAGUACAGUAAAUCAA